AUGACCCUCGCAUCCUUCGAGCUCCAAGACGUUGCAUCAAAGAGAAGAUCAACGGAGCCGUCAGUGCAUUCUGUCGCCCGUAGCGCCCGUUCUCCCUCGAAAUCCAGAGUCGAUGUGGCUCAAAUCACUGGGCUCGCGAAUGACGAAGCAGCUUCCCGUAAUGCGACCACGACGUCCACUGCUACAUCACGAACCCGGAAACAGAAGAUAGUGGCGCAUGUCCAGUUUUUUACCUUAUGUUGGACGCUGUUCCUCCUAGGAUGGAACGAUGGAACGAUUGGACCCUUAUUGCCUCGGAUACGCGAGGUUUACGGCGUUGGAACCGCUCUGGUGUCUUUGACUUUUGUCUUCGCCUGCGUCGGAUUCGUGUCUGGCGCGUUGCUUAACAUGUAUUUAACAGGAAAGAUGAGUUUUGGGAAGAUCUUGGUAUUCGGCAGUCUUUUCCAAGUCGCCGCAUACGCCAUACAAUGCUCCGCACCUCCCUUUCCAGUGUUCUUUUUCGCGUACGCGCUUAACGGGAUCGGACUUGCCCUUCAGGACGCACAAGCCAACAGCUUCGUGGCGACCUUGAAGCACAGUGAAACCAGAAUGGGUAUCCUGCACUCUGUUUAUGGCAUCGGCGCUUUUGCUGCUCCUCUCGUUGCCACCCAAUUCGCCCAACUUCCUCGAUGGUCUUUCCAUUUCCUAACAUCCCUGGGACUCGCGAUCUCGAACACGGCUACCCUGGCGCUCGUUUUCAAGUUAAAGGAUCAGGAUGAUUGUCUGCGGGACGCAGGAGAAAUAAUUCCCGAAAACAGUUCAGAGGGCGAGAAAGGAGCAUUCAAACAAAUUAUGACGACCAAAGCGGUUCAUCUGGUCGCCUUUUUCAUCUUGGUGUACGUCGGUGUCGAGGUCACGAUUGGUGGUUGGAUUGUCACUUUCAUCAUUGAGGUCCGUGAAGGUGGCCCAUCGUCUGGCUAUAUCGCGUCUGGCUUCUUUGGAGGUCUUGCCCUUGGUCGUGUCAUCUUACUCUGGGUCAACAAGAAGAUUGGCGAACGGCGAGUUCUGUUCCUGUAUGGAAUUUUGUCCAUCGCCUUGGAAAUCACCGUCUGGUUCGUACCAUCCCUCAUUCAGAACGCAGUGGCCGUUUCCAUCGUCGGAGUCCUGCUCGGCCCCAUGUGCCCGAUCGCCAUCAACCAGACUUCUCGUAUCCUGCCUCGUCGGAUUCUGACAGGUGCCAUUGGGUGGAUAGCCGGGUUCGGUCAAGCAGGAAGCGCCCUUCUGCCGUUCAUAACUGGAGCCAUCGCCUCCAGUCGCGGGCUUAAGAGUCUGCAGCCUUUAUUGGUCUCGAUGAUGGGCUUCUUGAUGGUCCUAUGGGCAUUGGUCCCCAACGACCGCCGUUUAGACUGA